AACAAAACAAAAUGUCUGGCCAUUAGAAGUAGAAAUUGUGUCAGGAGACUGUACAUCAAUAUCAGCAUCCGAACCUAUUGAAUCGGGUUACAUCCGAUCCGAUCUAAUUCCUGCAAAAAGUCCGGAUAAUACAUGGUGUUCGCUCUUUUAUCUUCACUUCCACCAGACUAAAAACAAAAAUGGCGCUAAAAUUAUCAGCUCCUCCAUUUCCAGUAUUCUCACCCAAAUCUCCUCCAUCCUCCUCUUCAUCCUCAUCAUCAUCAUCUCGUAAAUUCACAGAAAUUCGUUUCUCCCGCUGGAACAACGCAAACGCAGAGAAAUUCAAUCGUCAAGAACGAGAACAACAACAAAUUGAAGAUGAUAUCCGCAGAGUUAGACGUUACGAAUCCGUCUCUAAAAUCAUCAACACCGCCACGACAACCACCAUUGACACUGAAAACAACAACUUCAAAUCAAUCGGAACUCCUUCCGUCCCUUCUCGACCUUCAAUUCCAGGGAAAUCUUCAAAAUAUUCUAAAAACCCUAAACCCAAAUUCAACCUUCUCGACCCGGACAAUGCUCACCCAGCAUUUCGCAAAGUUAAGGUAUCUACUGGUGUUUCUAAGGUUCAGGGUUCAGUGAAUAAAAAUAUAGCUAUUGGAGAAAAUGGGGUUUCAUAUAAAUUACCUAAUGCUCCAUUUGAGUUUCAGUAUAGUUAUACUGAAACACCAAAGGUGAAGCCAUUAGCACUUAGAGAACCACCAUUUGUUCCGUUUGGUCCGAGUUCAAUGCCUCGGCCGUGGACUGGUAGAGCUCCUUUACCUGGAACUAAGAAGAAAUUGCCUGAAUUCGAUUCGUUUAAGUUGCCGCCACCGAAUAAGAAAGGUGUGAAGCCAGUUCAAGCACCAGGGCCGUACUUAGCUGGGUCUGGUCCUAAGUAUGUUAGCUCAAGAGAAGAGAUUUUGGGGGAGCCGUUGUCGAGUGAGGAAAUUAAAGAACUUGUUCAUGGAUGCUUGAAAAUUAGAAGACAAUUGAAUAUGGGAAGGGAUGGUUUGACACAUAAUAUGUUGGAGAAUAUCCAUGCUCAUUGGAAGCGUCGGAGAGUGUGCAAGAUCAAAUGCAAAGGAGUGUGCACAGUUGACAUGGAAAAUGUUUGCGAACAACUAGAGGAUAAAACUGGAGGGAAGAUAAUUUACCGUAGAGGAGGGGUGUUAUUUCUAUUUCGUGGGAGGAAUUACAACUACAAGUCUCGACCCCGUUAUCCCCUCAUGCUAUGGAAACCCGUGUCGCCAGUAUACCCCAGGUUAAUUAAGCAGACCCCAGAGGGGUUAACACUGGAAGAAGCAACGGAGAUGCGCAAAACAGGACGCCAGUUGCAACCGAUAUGCAAGCUUGGGAAAAACGGUGUCUACUCUGACUUGGCCGACCAUGUCAGAGAAGCUUUUGAAGUAUGUGAAUUGGUGCGAAUAAAUUGCGAAGGGAUGAAUCCAAGCGACUACAAAAAAAUAGGUGGCAAACUCAAGGAUCUUGUUCCAUGUGUUUUAGUCUCGUUUGAGCGUGAGCACAUACUAAUGUGGAGAGGAAGAGAGUGGAAAUCUUCGCCAACAAUAUCAGAUAGUGAAUCUGAGGAAGAAAUUGUCAAUGGAUCCAGUUGUUCCGGGUCACUGGCUGUGGAAGAUGAAGCGGCGUCAGAACUAUUUGAAGGGAAGAGCUCAAAUAAUGAUAUGAAUAUCGAUGUGAUCAAACCAAACCUUCCUAAAGUUGAGGAGGGUGCUAAAUCAGAAGGAAAGGAGGUUGUAUUCAAUUCUUUGGCAAGUGAUGUUCAAUCUGAAGCUACUGAUUUCUCCUUGACCAAAAUCGAGAUAUUGCCAGCUGUAUCUGAAAAUAUUGGUAGUAUUUGCGAUUCAAAACCUAUGGUAAGCGAGAACACACGGCAAGGUUCAGAAACUGAAUCACCACCUUUGACGCAUUUGAAUGGAACAAGUGCCAUGGUAACUAAUGAAAACUUAGAAGUUGCAUCCAAAGGGUUGUCAAGUCUCAAUGAGUGUGCAAAAUCAACUUUGUGUACUGAGGGAGUCGUACAGCUUUUACGACAAGCUAUGGAAAGUGGAAGUGCGGUGACGUUGGAUGAUGCAUCUUUGGAUGCUGACAUCGUUUUUAAUAGAACUGUUUCUCUUUCUAAGGUUGCUCCCCUUGGUCCUAUUUUCAAGCAGAGGCGAAUCAGGAAGGUUGUAGUGAAAAGGAGUGAGCAGAAAGAAGUUAGAAGUAAUUGUGAUGAAGAAUUGAAGGUAGAAGCAACUGCAACUUUUCCAGGGAAGCGAAUUGAGAGAAAGACUUAUCAUAGAAAUCCAAGAAUAAAAGAUGUUAAAGAAGUGUAUCUUGAUAUGUUACCACCACAAGGAAGCUUAGGAGUUGAUGAGCUUGCCAAGCUUCUAUCUUAAAACAUUGGCACUUUGUUAUGUCUCUCUUAGUUACGGUGCUUAAACAUUUCAUAUCUGUUCUUCCUGUCAUUAUUGUAUUCGAUCAUGUGGUGUUAUUUUCAAUCUAACGUCGGUUCGUUUGCUAACAAAAUAUGUAAAGCGGAUCAGUAUGCAUUUAGUUCAUUGGGGAUAACAAGAUUUCAUAUUUUUGUGAACAUUCGUCAGGUAUCAGUGUACUUAAAAAGCUUUUGAAUCAAUGAUACAUUAUAUAA